AUUGUUCGUUUUGGUCCUUAAGUGCACGUCGUAAAUAAUCAUGGCGGACACGUGGAAUACAGACACUGGAGAAGCCAUUUACAGAACCCGGGAUGUUAUCAAGAACAUGAGGAUCAGGGUGCGCAUUGAGAGGCUGACGUCCACGGCUUCUCUGUCUCAGCACCUCCAACAGCAGGUCCUGUCCCAGCAGCACGAUCCCAGCAAGAAGAAGAAGAAGAGGGGGGACAUCGAGCUGGAACCCCUAGCCACUCCAGGACAAAAAGGUGACAAUGAGGAAGAACUGGUAAUUGGCUGGCAAGAAAAACUCUUCAGUCAGUAUGAAUAUGAGCUCUUCCAAAACGAAAAUGCCUGCCAGAGCCAUCUGGAGCACCAGUAUCACUCUGAAAUCAAAGCUCUGAUCAGGGGCAAAGGUCGACGCAACAUCCGGAUAUUUACCUACACAGAUCAUGACCGCUACACCAACCUGCUGCAAUGCACGGAAGAUGCUCUGACGACUAGUAAAUCUGGCCCUACGUUAUUGGCUGAAAGGAUGGCUAAUGUAAGGCACAGGAGACAGGAGAGACACACAAUAGAUAUGGGCCUUCCCAAAUCCAAGAUCAUAAAUUGGGAGCCUUCAGAGGAGUUCAUCAGAAACACCCACGUGGUCAACAACACCAUGCAGACUAUGCACAUCAUGGGAGACCUGGGUCCUCCGGGAAGAUUGGGUGAAAAACAGAAUGAGUGUUUGCUGCUGACCAUAAAAACAGAUGGAAUUGGAACAGUCAUAGUAAAACCAGACUUCAACAGAGGGAAAGAGCCGUACAGGAUCAUAACAGAGGGGGACAAGAAGGAGGUGUGGUGUCUCCGAGUGGAUAAUGCGUCUGAGGCCAUGGUGAAGGAGGACCAGGACAAGGAGUUGCACCUGUACAAAGAUCUCUACGUUCAACAUAAAGAAUAUUUGAACAGUCUUGUUGGAUCAGACUUUGAAAUGCCUCCUCUAGGGACUUUGAGAUAUGUGAUGAAUGGAGAGAUUGUGUCAUCCAAAGGAUUUGAAUAUGAUAACUUAUACAUCCACUUCUUGAUGGAACUACCAAACAAUUGGUCUAGUUUACCUUUCCAGCCACUUUCUGGAGUAACACAGACCUGUCGCACCAAAUCAGUGGGAAAAGAUGACGUAGCUUUCUUCAGCUUCCCUUUUAACUUUGAGGCCUUGUAUAUGAGUGAAAAGGAGAAUGAAGGUAUUCCGCAGUGGCCCGUCUUGUACUUCAAAGUUCUAUCUCUGGAUUUUUGGCAGCGUUAUCGAACGGAAGGAUAUGGAUAUCUGCUCUUUCCAGCUGUGCCUGGUACACACACAGUAACAUGCCAUACGUGGAGGCCUCUUCAGAUAGGCACAGUCUCUGCUCUAAGGCGAUUCUUCAUUGGGGGGUCUCCAGAACUAGAAGACCUGAGUCACGUCAGGAUCCCGAGCACUUUUAAGGGAGAAAGACUGAGCCGAUUUGGCUUUAGAACAGAGUCAUCCGGAAGUGUCACUUUUAAUCUACACUGCAUUCAGCAAGCUCAUGCCUUCGUUGAUGCCAUUGUGCUGAAAAAGAGAAGGCAGAAAGUUGUGGACCAGCUGGGAGGGUUUAGUCAACAAGGCGCUGUCUACAACAUUCUAGAGGCGUUUCAGAGAGCCAGGAGAAAGAUGCAGGAAGCCAGAGAGGGUCUUCCCCAAGAUCUAAUAAAUGCUACUACUGAACUCAAAAUUGAAUCGACAGCAUAAGAAUUGUUCAUUAUUUAUUCAUUGCUACAUAUUAACUGUCAGUGUACACACAUGAGCAGUAACAUGUAUAGAGACAAAUGCAUUAUAGCCACUUUUCUAGAUUUUGUAAAAUGAUUUAAGAGAGAAAAUAUUUGUU